AUGUUUAACAAAAUAGACAUUUUCGGUAGCUAAAUUUUACUUAGAUUUAAGGGAGAGCCAGUUUAUCAUACUAGAAGUGGUUCAUUUAUUACACUUUUAAUCAUAAGCUUUAUUGGUUUUCGUUUGUAUUCCAUUAUCGAAGAUGUAUUUCUCAGAGCAAGUCCACAAGUAAUUUAUAGCGAAAGGUAAGUUGAUAACCCUGCUCCAUUUUAAAUAUCAAGCUCUACAUUUCCUUUAGCUUUUGGAAUGGAAGACCCAAAUUUUAGUUAUUAUAUUGAUGAAGGUAUUUAUACUAUUUAAGCUUCAUUUUACUAAAAGACACUUAUGUUCAAUGAGACUACGUAAUAGAAUGAUGCUGUUUGGAAUAUAACUCAAAUUUAAGUAUAACGCUGCACUUUAGAUAAUUUUAAGAAUCCAGACAAUAUAAAUUAUUAUACAAGCUUAAAAUAUUAAAACAUGUAUUGUCUUCCACCAAAUAUUGAAUUAACUUUGUAAGGUGAUUUCUAAUCUCCUAUAUAUUCUUAUCUUGAAUUGUUGGUUAUAAAAUGCAAAUAGAAUUGUAAGUCAUAAGAGUAGCUAGACCACUAUUUACUAAAUUCUAAUUUUGCUAUGCAACUAUCAGAUUCUUUUGUAAAUCCUUAAAUUAAAUAUAAUCCUUUUAAGAUGUAUUCAAGAGAUAUAUACUGGGCUACAACCACUUAAAUGCCAAAAGCUGUUACAUUGUAUCUAAGAAAUAAUUACGUGCAAAGUGAUUUCGGAUGGUUUUUGCCUGAUUUAACUACACAACAUUUUCCUGCUUACAGCUAUAAUGAUGUUUCUGUCUUUCCAGACAACUUUUAAAAUUACUUUCUAAGUGUAGUAUUUAGAUUUGAAAAAUAAAAAGAAGGCUUUUAUAGUAGAACAUAUAAAAAUUUUAAUAACAUAAUAUCAGAAAUUGGAGGAUUUACACAAAGUCUCCUGGCUGUUGGCUAUCUCAUUUGUACAAGAAUUUCUUAACUGCAACUAAAUUAAACUCUUAUCAACUAGGCUUUCAGCUAUGAAGACUCAAAAAAUGAGGACGAGGAAAAUAAAGAUAGUGAAAAAAAGCACAUUAAUCUUUCAUAAAAACUCUAAUCUCCGAACUAAUCUUAACAGAUCGAUAGUUUGCAAAAUUAAUUACAAGAAUAAGUAUAAUCAUAGAAUCAUCGAUUUAAAUUUAAUUAAAUAAUGAAAAAAAACACUUAAUAUUUGAGUUAAAAUUAAAAAACAAAUUUUUAUGAUCCUAACAGUCCUGUUUAUUCACCAUAAAAUAAGGGAAAUUAAAUUAACAAUGAUUAAAAUCUCUCUUAAAAAACUCUACAUUUCUAGCAGAUAAAGUAGAAUAAAGAAAAAUAAAUUUUUGAUAGCAAAUAAUUUAUAUCAAAUUAUAGAAACGAUCUUAAAUAAAGCAAACAAUAUAGCAAACAAAAAACAAAUCAGCUUGAUUAAAAAAAGAUACUAAAUUUACUUAUUCAAGAUGUCUAAAACAGUGAUGAAAUAACUCAAGGAGUUAAGGAUUAGGAAGUUUUAGACUAAAAUAACCAUCUUAAAAUUCAAAAAUAUAAGCUUAAAAUAAAAUAGAUUGAGGAGAAACUUAAAGAAAAUAGAUUUAACGAACUUAUGAAGAAAGAAACAAAAUGUAUGAAGAUGAACAUUUGGGAGUACUUUAAAUCAAUAAUUUAUCCUUUUGGAGAGCUGAAAAAAAAGAAAUAAAUUAUAUAAUACAGUAUUGAUAAACUAUAUUACAAUUUGGAUAUUUUUAAUAUUUUGAAAAAGCUUGUAGAAGUUGAAAAAUUGAAAAGACUACUAUUAGAUCAAGAAUAAUUAAAACUAUUUGAUUAUUUGCCAAAGCCAACUAUUCACUCAGAUUUAGUUUUAAAUAAAAAUUAAAGCCAAGUUUCAAUUAAAAAAAGCUAUGAAGUGGAUGUACUUUAUCAAGACCACAGAACAGAAAUGUAAAGGGCAAAAGACGCCUUUUAGGCCUAUAAAAAAAUAGUUAACAAGUAAAAUCAUACAAUUCUAGAUCAAAAAAUUAUUGAUUUGCUUGAUCCUAAUUUGGUAUCUAUCUUUUAAGCAGAGGGUAAUAAUGUCUGGUAAAAUAACUACAUUGAAGAAUCUAAUAUUGAAGAUAUUUCACUUUAAUCUAAAAUCAAUACAUUUAAUUAAUAAUCUCCAAUAAUCAAGCUAGAAUAAAUACAAGGAUAAACUGAAGCCUAAUAUCCAACAAAAUAGGAUGAUAUUAUUAAAAAGUAAGAAUCUAUCAAUCCUUUACUUGUCAAUGAAUCUUAGAGUUUUUUGCUAAAUAAAAAGUAAUUAGAGUUAUAGUUAGAGAAACCUAAAUUCUAAGUAAAAAAUAUAUAUGAAUAAAUGAAUAAAUUUAACGAACAAAAGAAUUUAGAAGAUGAAACUAAAGAUUUAACACAAAGUAUUUACAGUGAGAUAGCCCCUAAUCAAUUAUACUAAAUGCCUAUUGAUUUUUAAAGCAACUAAAACGAUUUAAAAAUAAGAAAGUGA